AUGGAUUCUCAGCAGUCUCAGGACUCACGCAGUCCGUCUGUGUCUUCCAACUCGCUUCCUCUUGGUCGACGCGGAUCACGCAGCUCUAUGGCCACGACUCAGACCGAACGAGAAUCGAUGAAUGCAGCUCUGGAUAACUACCAUAAUGCAGCGUAUCAGUCCGAGUCCCUCACUCUCUUCAACGAAUUUACUAGUCCGCCAGCUCCAGCUGCUACAUCGGAUGAGAAAGGACUGUCCGAUGAAUUACAAGGUGGACUAAGCGUCAAGAGUCUUGUGUCGGAGCGUUCGAUGGCAAAACCAGUCUCCGACCUGGCUACAAGCUCCGCUGAUUAUGCGCCAUCACAGCCCAACUCGUCACAAGGAUCAAGGCUCCACUCGCCUGUUGUGCCAGACUCUCACACUAAUCAAGAUCUUGUACAACAAUCCAACUUAGGAAAGAGAUCAAGAAUAUCCUCCAAAAGUGGCAGCAUAUCUUCCAAGGCCUCCGUGUCACCGUCCCCUGGAAUCAAGCCCAGUAUCGCACCAUUAACGAAAGCCACUGGUAGCGCCAUUGUGGCAGAUCCUACAGUCACUCAGCUUCAUGUGAAUGUACUCGGGAAACCCGACCGAUCAAGAAGCAGCUCCGUUAAUGGCCCCUUCCAGGGGAGCGCCUUCCAGGGAAUCCAUAAUGCAGAAUCGACAAGUAGCGGCAACAAGGAAGGCCCUAUGGAUCUUUCCAUGAGUCAAUCAUCCACUUCAUCAAGCCAGAACCAUUCUAGUUCGCCGAUUUCGUCUGCAAAGGUGCAUGACAGCCAUCAUGAGGAAUUCAAUCCCAAAGACUCACACUUCUCAGCAACUCAUACUCCAGACAACCAGUCUCGGAAGUCCAUCUCUACUCUAGAUCAACAAAAGCUGCCCGAAAACUUUACUCUGUCAGCUAACAUGCGAGAUGUUAAGCAAUCUGAGCCAGUUCAGGAUCAUAUACCUCAGCACCCGGGAGAAAGAUCAAAGCCACGAACAUCUUUCCCUUCUGAUGAACCGAAAGCUUCAGUUUCUGCGUCAAAUAGUUUAUCAAAGAUUUCCUCUCAUGAUUCAGUACCGUACAAUGCUGAAAACCUCCCAACCAACAUGGAGACAGCUAUUCCUCGUGACAGCGCCAACUCCAAUGAGGCUUCAAAGGUUACAGCCCCUGGCAGACCCAAUGAAGAGUCAACGUCUGCAAUCCGAGCAGCGCGACUGCCUGGCUACGUGAUUUCACGGGCCUCCACGGCCGAAACUACCACAACGGUCUCUUCAUUGCCUCCUUUGAACACCGAUCUCGAUCGGGCUACUGGUCAAUCUCUACAAGCCAGGCGCCAACCUCCCGCUGGGGGCGACGGUGUUUUGUCGCAGCUAAGGAGUAAGCUGCUGAGCAGGGAUUUUUGGAUGCGGGAUGAGAAUGCCAAAGACUGCUUUCAUUGCGGAGAACCUUUCACAACAUUUCGCAGAAAACACCACUGUCGAACCUGUGGUCAAAUCUUUGAUUCGAAAUGCACUCUGCUUAUUUCGGGAACUCGGUUCGGACAACCUGGGAGUAUUCGGGUUUGCAAACCCUGCGAGAAGAUGAUCAAUGCGCACGAUGAUGAUUCAUCUGAAUUCUCCGAUAGCGAGCAGAGCCCCAUGGUGGCCAAUCCCCGGGUUUCCGAAUUCAGCUGGACCAAUACUGGGCGGGCAUCUGCGGAUGACGAUGAUUCAUCUUCGGUUGUAUCUCAAUCGAUCGAUCACGUUCUAAGAACGCCAACGAUGGCCAUACCAGCCACACGACGUGCUGGAGAGGGACAUAACCGCCGCUCGGAAAUUCUUGAAAUCGAUUCUGAUCGCCCUCUAGCACGACCUACCUCUUCGCGCUCUCUGCGUUCCUCGCUGGGUGGAAGACCACACUCCAUCAGUCACAAACGUCACCACUCUCGUCAGCAGUAUAUUCGGGGCUUCAAGCCAUAUCAUGAAGAUCGAGCUCCCUUCCAACGCCGACAUCCAGAUGACAUAGACGCUGAAUCCCGGCUCCCCGCCUUUCAUAAAGAUAAUAUCAUUGACCCUGACCUUGCUCAAUACCUCUCGGAUGACGCAUCCAGUGGAGAUGAGCAACCUAGUCUCUUGUCUGCAGUCUCUGAGGGCGCUCUGUCCAAGAGUGGGGGCGAAAAUGAGAGGGCAUCCUUUGGUGGGCUUCUCGCUGCCAUGAAAAAGGGCAGAUCUGCUUUUGGAGACCGGAGUAGUCCCAGUAUGAAUCGCGAUGCGGACGAAGCCAGUAUCACCAGUUCAAGAGCCGUGAAUCUCCCUCGUUUUUCUCGUCGUCGAAACUUGAGUGUUACUAGCAGUUAUCAACCGCGCCAUUCACCCAGGACAUCAAAGGACAAUAUGCUCUCUCAUGACAACUCAGUACCAGUCAUAUCUUUACCCGAGAGCGUAAAGCAGGGCGGGUUCAAGAUGACUCGGAGUUCAUCAAUGAGGGGCACUGAUGCACCACCGGUGGAAUUGAACAAAGCCAGUCUGGAACACGUACGAAAGCUUCUCCAUCAACUACUUGUAGAAUCUGCUGUGCCAAAUGGCGACAGCUGGGAAAACGCCCUGAUGCCAGUACUCUUGAAAGCAGCAGACGAGGUCGAUCCAGAUGUCCAAAAAGGAGAUGAUAUGGACAUUCGACACUACGUCAAAUUGAAGAAGAUUCCGGGUGGCCGGCCUAGUGACACUUCUUAUGUAUCGGGACUCGUUUUCACCAAAAAUUUGGCCCUGAAAGGCAUGUCACGAAACAUUUUACGUCCAAAUAUCUUGAUCAUCACAUUUCCUCUUGAAUACGCUCGUCAACAACAACAUUUCAUGAGUCUCGAACCUGUCAUUCGACAAGAGCGUGAGUUUCUAGAGAACUUGGUCAGUCGGAUCUCAGCAUUGCGUCCAAACCUGCUGUUGGUCGAGAAAACUGUUUCUGGCCUGGCUCUUGGCCUCCUCGAGCAAGCUGGAAUUGCCACUGCAUACAACGUGAAGCCAUCUGUUCUCGAGGCUGUGUCGAGAUGCACACAGACUAGAAUUAUGACAUCUAUGGACAAGCUAUUGACGACCACAUUGCAUAGUGAAUGCAGCAGUUUCGACGUGAAAACCUAUGUUCAUAAUGGUCGAAAGAAAACAUAUAUGUACAUCUCCGGCUGUCCGAAAGAGCUCGGGUGUACCAUCAUCUUGCGCGGAGGAGAUGAACAAGUCCUCGGGAAUGUCAAAAGGAUCACUGAGUUCAUGAUCUACGUUGUGUACAAUCUCCGCCUAGAAACAAAUCUUAUGCGAGAUGAAUUCGGGAGAAUAUCAACCUCACCGACGGAAGAAUCAACAAUUGUGCCCGACAAAGACAGCAAAUUCAACUCGCAGAUUAUCACUCACGAAGGCGACACACAUCUAGUCGACCCAGGUACUGUUCAGCAGGGAACAAACGAGAAGCGUGGUGAUAUCUCUGAUAGCCAAAUUCUCGUUGAUGCCGAUUCUGCAAAAGUUCCAGACAACAUUCCAAUGCCGACGUACUAUAACGAUAUGGUUAAUGAUUACGAGACAAAGAUUUUGUCAGCCUCUCCUUUCGUGAAAUUCGAGGCUCCGUAUCUCCUGACGCGUGCGCGGGAAAUGGAACGCAGACUUUCGUAUUUGAAGUCUCUUCGUGAUCAAGACCGCAACUCUGAUCAGACCACCGAUGAAAAGGUCAAACCGCAGAAAUUUGUCCUCAUCACCCCGGAAAUGGUCCAUCAAUCACCGCAAGAUGCGCCGGCAAAAGUCAAGGAAGUAUUGCGAGCUGCGCAUGAAGCCGAGUACGAUCGGGCGCUCUAUCACCAUCAAACCCAAAAACGCCAGUGGGAAGCCUAUGUGGCGGGGAAUCCCAACAUGUUUGACCCUUAUGCACAUCAGAAUCUGGUCAUUCUCUACAGUCUCGUGUGCACAACAACAUCAGUCCCCUGCUCAGGGCCAGAUACCUUUGCCCUGGAGUUCUACAAUGAACAUGGAGAUGACACUAUCUUCGAGUCUGACCUCACAAUUGGGCAGUAUGUCGAGGACCUUUGUCACACAGCAAAUUCUGUAUGCACCGUCAACGGCUGCGAGAAGCGCAUGUUCGAACACCACCGCCAGUACGUCCAUGGCGAGGCUCAGAUCAGCGUCCUGGUCCAGCCUUAUCCUUCUAAGCUCCGUGGGCUCCACAAUACCGUGCUGAUGUGGAGCUGUUGCAAAGUUUGCGGCAAUGAAACUCAGGUCAUGCCUAUGUCGGCGAGCACAUGGAAAUAUUCGUUCGGAAAAUACUUAGAGCUGUCUUUCUGGGGCAGACACUUGCUUGCUCGUACUGGAGGUUGCUCUCAUGAUCUGCGGCGGGAUUACCUCCACUAUUUUGGCUACAGGGAUCUUGCUUUGCGAGUCCAAUAUGACCCUAUUCGUCUUCUCGAAAUUAUCGUUCCACGGCCUCGUGUCACUUGGAAGGUGGAUAACGAUCUGAAGCUGAGGAACGAAGUAUAUUUACGUACCGAGCAACGUCUCGGCAAAUUUAUGGCGUCUGUUCAAGAUCGAUUGAAAAGCAUCAAUGUCGAGAGUGUUGUUCCCGAGCUGCUGGAGAGCUGCAAAACGGAAAUCGAGACUUUGAUCAAGAAGGCUCAUGAAGACCAUAGCUCUUUGGUCCGGCACUUACAAGACAAAUACACAAGUUCUCGCUACUGGGAGAUCAUACCGCUGAAUGAGGUCCUCCGUGCAGUUCAAGAAAAGGUUGUCGAAUGGGACAUGACAUUUGCCGACUUUGAAAUGAACUUUUUCCCAUCUGAGAAGGAUAUCAAGCAUAUGGCAACGCUGCAACUCAAGAAGAUCUUCCUCGACAAAGAUGCAACAUCAGUUUCUACAGAUGAUGCCCUUCAAACUCCUACGGAUGUUGAAGAUGAAAACAACCAGGCAGUUGACAGACCACGGAUGAUGCGACGCAUGACCCUUUCGCCGGAAAAGGCACAGAAUGUACUGGUCUCGGUUGUCGAGGAGCACGCUGGCAAAAUGCACCGCGAGGAACUCCAAGAAGUCAAGUUGCCCUCGCCUCCAGCGUCGGCCGAGGAAGCAACUUUUUCAGUCGAUGGAGCCGGAACAAGGUCCUCUCCCCAGGAUGAGGCUGUCUCACAAGAAGAAGUCCGUCAUCUCGACUUGGCUGUUCCUACUGGUCAAUCGGAACGUAGCUCCGUCGGCCAUGCUGGCAUUUCGAAUCAAUCUCCCAUCAACACUGAUCUUCCUGUGAUGAUCCCCGGCGACGGAUCAUCGGAAUCACCACCACCGGAAAUUUCUGAGAUUCCCGAUCAAGGAACCAAGAAUGGAACCGAAGAGAGCGGGGCUGAUAUUCCAAGUACCCCAGUACGUCGGCCUUCAGCGAUACCGAGACCUACCGAGCCAGCCUUUCGAAGGACCAGUAAGGUACGGUCUCCUCCGCUUUUGCGUACCCAGUCUCAGCCAGCCAUUCUACCACGAUCAUCUCACAGCAUUCAACUUCCAGUGUUGAAAAUGGCGUUCACUAACCCAAUCGAUCCGGAAAAACCUGCACCCCAAUCACCAACAAAGUCAUCGGAUAGAAAGCUGAGCGAUCGUUUGGGCUUGAGUUCCCUCAAGAGUGCCCGAUUUGCAUCGGGUCACUCGCUUAUUCCACGGUCUGCUCAAGGUAAAAAGGGAAUAUCGCAGGUUUCUCAUCUCGCCAGGCAUUUUGAACAAUUGAGUCGUGAGUUCGAAAAGGAGAGACAGCGCGAAAGACGCCAACGCGCUGCCAAGGGCACUCAGUCCCGAGCAUUCCCAUUAGCGUCCUCGAAGCCCAUCGUGGAGGUCUAUCGAAAUGUACGAGAAGCUGUUGAAGAACGUGAACCACCGGUUGAUAGUGAUGAAUCUUUGCCCUCGGCUCCACGGAUCCCAAUGGACGACAUGAGUCACAAGAGCGAUGAACUUACGCAUGACCAUAUAACUCAUCAUGAGCCCUCUCUGUCAAAUGUUUCUCCUCCAGGGCCCAUGGAAGUAGAAAGUGCACUCUGUCCUGACAAUCAACUAUUGUCUGGUGGCGAAGCAGAUGAUCACCAAAGUGAUGAGGAUCAAAACAUGGUUGAAGAUCUACAUCCGGUAGACUCCCAUGAAGAGACCAAACACUCACCAGAGGACGAUUCAAUUGAUUUCAAAGAACUCCCUAAACAUGAGCGCACCACGCUUUUGAAAAUGCUGACGAACUUCUGGUCUGAACGUUCCGCAAGUGGGUGGGCGUCUCUUGACUAUCCACUCAGUGUCAUGGAUCAUGUCUUUGCUGAUUGCAAUAUCAUUGUUCGCGAGGAUGAACCAAGCUCUUUGGUAGCGUUCGCUUUGGACUCUUCCGACUACAAAGAAAAACUUUCAAGCAUUCAACAGCGGUUUGACGAGAUGGAAAAACACAAACCAGACGCCGGAGAUGACAUCGAGGCUGCGAAGGAAGCACGGGUCGAGCAUGCUCUCUUGCGACCUACGGGCACACACCUCAAGUAUCAAUUCCAAGAAGGUCAGGCCAAGAUGCUGUGCAAAGUGUUCUAUGCCGAGCAGUUUGAUGCUCUGCGUAAAAAGUGUGGUGUGGCAGAUCGAAUCGUCGAGUCGUUGUCUCGGUGCGCAAAGUGGGACUCAAAGGGUGGCAAGACAAAAUCGUUGUUCCUAAAAACCCUUGACGACCGGUUCAUUCUCAAGUCACUUUCACCGAUUGAGACGCAGGCUUUCCUCAAAUUUGCCCCAGCCUAUUUCCAAAUCAUGUCCGAAGCCCUGUUCCAUGAACUCCCUUCCGCAAUCGCCAAGAUGUUCGGCUUUUACCAAGUCAUCAUCAAGAACCCAGUCACAGGAACAGAGUUCAAUUGGUUCUUGUUGCUAAUGGAGAACUUGUUCUACGACCGUGUCCCUACGCGCAUCUUCGACCUGAAAGGCUCAAUGCGAAACCGCAAAGUAGAAAGCACUGGUGAACGGGACGAGGUUCUCUUGGACGAAAACAUGGUGGAUUUCAUCUAUGAGACACCUCUCUUUGCCCGCGAGCACUCAAAGAAGCUUCUUGGCCAAAGUGUAUGGAACGACACACUCUUCUUGGGUCGCCAAGAUGUCAUGGACUACUCGCUCAUGAUCGCCAUCGAUGAAAGCCGCAACGAACUGGUGGUAGGUAUCAUUGACUGCAUUCGCACCUACACCUGGGACAAAAAACUCGAGUCCUGGAUCAAGGACAAAGGAUUUGGAGGCGGUGGCCGCAAUCGACCAACGGUCACAAGUCCCAGGGAAUACAAGGGCCGUUUCCGUGAGGCAAUGGCCAGAUACGUGCUUCAAGCUCCAAGCUGCUGGCAUCAAUUUCAACCAAAUGCAAUGUAUCGCUAUGAGAACCAGACCACUGACUUUGAGACCAUUGAUGGGAACGGGUUUGUGGAGGACUCUGGUUACUAA